GAAAGCGAAUUAUUAAAGAAUUUGAUAACCGCGGCUCAGCCAGGACAGUUUAUAGGACAAAGACAGAAUGCAAUGUUGGUUAAAGCUGGGGACGACAACGCUUUAUGGGUCGGGCAAAUGAAAAAAGCAUUGAAGACUAACACUAUCAAAUUGCCGUCAAUGAAUAUACUUCACGAGGCGAACAGAGAAAUCUAUUUACCCGAGAUAAAUGAGCCAUGUGCUUAUGAUGAUAUUCAAGUGGUACACGACGGGCCCAUUUGUUAUGUGCACUUUGACUUUUAUAAUGGAGCUAUGGAUAAACACCAGGCUGCGAGACUUGUUCAAUCAUUACAGCUAAUUGACGAGAUGCCUGAUGUUAAAGUUGUUGUACUUAUGGGUGGCGAGAGAUUCUUUUCAACAGGUACAUGUUUCACUUGUUAAUGUGCCACAUAACGAACUCGGUUGUAUGCAACAAUGUACGUCUACGAUAAUACGGAAGCGUACACGUACUUCUUUAAGUGCCAUAUUGCCACUUUGACCACACACUCUUAAAUACAUAUAUGUAAACUGUUCCCUUAAAACUCAAUUAUUUCACUUUAAACUUUAACUUUCUCACUUUUUGAUUUAUUUUCUAGUGUACCUUACACCUAUUGAAGCGUAAA